AGUGAACCAACGACCAUGGCAGCCUCCCUCCAAGCAGCUGCUACGCUCAUGCAGCCGACCAAGGUCGGCGUGUCGGCGAGGACCAGUGUGCAGCUGAGGUCCUCUCAGAGUGUCUCCAAGGCCUUUGGCUUGGAGCCAUCUGCCUCUGCUAGGCUCACUUGCUCUUUGCAAUCUGAUCUCAAGGACUUGGCUCACAAGUGCCUUGAUGCUUCUAAGAUUGCUGGAUUUGCUCUUGCUACUUCCGCCCUCGUCGUCUCGGGAGCAGGUGCAGAGGGAUCUCCAAAGAGGCUGACCUUCGACGAAAUCCAGAGCAAGACCUACUUGGAAGUGAAGGGAACCGGAACUGCCAACCAGUGCCCAACCAUCGAUGGAGGAUCCGAAGCAUUCGCGUUCAAGCCUGGCAAGUACACUGCCAAGAAGUUCUGCCUAGAGCCAACAUCCUUCACAGUCAAGGCAGAGAGUGUGAGCAAGAAUGCUCCACCAGAUUUCCAAAACACCAAGCUCAUGACCCGCCUAACCUACACUCUGGAUGAGAUCGAAGGACCUUUCGAAGUUGCCCCAGAUGGCACCGUCAAGUUUGAAGAGAAAGACGGAAUUGACUACGCUGCAGUGACAGUCCAGCUCCCAGGAGGUGAGCGGGUGCCCUUCCUCUUUACCAUCAAGCAGCUCGUAGCCUCUGGCAAGCCUGAAAACUUCACAGGAGAGUUUCUAGUACCAUCAUACCGCGGAUCCUCUUUCUUGGACCCCAAGGGAAGAGGAGGAUCCACCGGUUACGACAAUGCGGUUGCGUUGCCGGCAGGUGGCAGAGGAGACGAGGAGGAGUUGGCAAAGGAGAACACCAAGAAUACAGCAGCAUCAUCAGGGAAGAUCACACUGAGUGUGACAAAGAGCAAGCCUGAGACUGGUGAGUUGAUUGGGGUGUUUGAGAGCAUUCAGCCGUCUGACACUGACUUGGGAGCCAAGACUCCAAAGGAUGUCAAAAUCCAGGGAGUUUGGUAUGCUCAGCUUGAUUAAUUUCAUUUUUCUUCUUAUGUAUUAAAUUAAUGUGAUUCCGGGUUUCAGAUUUUGCUAUAAAUUAAAAAGGUGUUGCUGAACUUUCUUUGUAACCUAAUCUUGGACAACAAGCGCUGAGAUCACUGAGAUCAUUGUCUUUCUUGUAUAUUAUCAUGCCUAUUAAUGUGAUAAAUUUCGAAUUAUUUUCA